UCUCUGCCUGUGGAUAUCGCGAAUGCCAGAGCAGGCAAGAGCUACAUAGUCGAGAAGGAGAAUCCCAUUCAGUCUAAACAGAUCGACUGAGAGACAAAGAGAGUGCAGAAGAAUAAGGAGACCGCUUUUUUACCACUCGUUGACGUUUGUAGCUUCAGAUGAAGAGCUAUAGGGAGGGACUGGAGGUAUUGUGUGCCGGUAGAGAAGCCGCUAUCACUCUCUACCGCUGCUGCUGAUGGUGCUGCGGUUUGUGAGCGCAUUCUCAGACCCGUUUGGAGUACAGCCUAUGUGUGUGAGACCAUGGAGAUACGGAGCGGAUUUAUCAAGCAGCAUUUCGACAGUUAGUGAACAAAAUUGGACCUCUGUUUUUGUUUUUGUUUUUUUGUUUUUGUUUUUGCAACGGUUCCAAGAUUGCUUUUUUUCUUCGUUUUCUUUGGAUUGCGUUUCUGUUUGAUUCUGUGCCUGUUUUUAGUUUAAAUCUAUGGUGAUUUAUAAUUUUAUGUCGUCGUCGUUUCUUCAUUUAUUUUUAUUACUUCUUUUUCGGCCUCUUUGGAGGAGAGGUGAGUGCCUCUUCGUGAAGAUUUGUGGAGAGAAGAUUCAGCGCUACUAGGGUGAAUGAUAUUCCAUCUCUCCAUCUAAGACCUACGUGCCAUGGAUGGAAAACUUAAUUUGCAUCUACGAAGCCGAUCGGGGAAUAAGCGUGACAUCGAAUAACUAUUGCAAACAGCGAUCAGGACGAAUGACAUAGGAUGAACACUGCUGGUGGGGUGUGUCUGUCUUUGCUGUCGUCCCUCCUCGCUGUGGCUGUGGCCGGGGCCCCCUGGCGGCCCCUGUCUGCCCUGGCCCUCGCUCCUCCUGGUCCGCCCAGACCGCCGCCCAUGGAGCUGGGGCCUUGGAGCCCCCGGGGGCCCCCUCCUCCUCCCCCUGUUCCAGCCCUGGUAGCUGGGGUGCUCUAUGGCUCGUUCUCCCUCAGGGAGCUGUUCCCCUCCAGGGCUCCGGGCUGCUCCUGGGCCCUGGAGAACCCCGACCCCACCAAGUACUCCCUGUACCUGCGCUUCUCCCGCCUCCCGUCCGUCUGUCGGACCCACGCCCCCAUGCUCCUCCCCCUGGACCAUCACCUGGCCAAUCAGAGCUGCCCGCGCGACCUGCGGGCGGCGCCGCCGCCGCCGCACGACCAGGAAGUCAUCGACCUGUGCGACGGCCAAUCGGAAGGGCCGUACGCCUUCCUGCAGUUUGAUAAGAACUUCGUCCAGCUGUGUCUGGCGAGCCAUCCCUCGGCCAACCAGCCUCAGGUAACCACGGAGACGCUCGAGCUCCGCCUCGUGGAGGUGUUGCUCAUCAACAACGAGAACUCCAGCCAGUUCACCUGCGGCGUGCUCUGCCGGUGGUUCGAGGAGUGCCUGAGCAGCGGUCGCCGCGGAGACGGGGACGUUGCCGACGUCGACGGGUGCGGGGUGACUCAGACGGGGUGUGUGUGCCCGAACAGCAACGUCAUGACUCCGCCCAUUCCUCUUCUCCCGGCGACGCCCCACGGCGACAGCAACGGCUCCAUGUUCCCAGAUGACUGCUGCGUCACCGAGUUGCACUCCAACAACGCCAUCGCCAUAGCGCCCAGGGAUGUCAGACAAGACCCAGAGGAUGAAGACCUCAAGGUGAAGACACAGAGACCCAGAUCAGCUGAUCAGCCAGGUGUGUUUCAGGCUCAGACAGGUGACCCAGCAGCGGAGGAGUGGUCUCAGUGGAGUGUGUGUUCGUUGACGUGUGGUCAGGGCUGGCAGGUGCGCACGCGUUCCUGUGUGUCGUCUCCGUACGGCACACUGUGCAGCGGCGCCCUUAGGGAGACGCGCAUGUGCAACAACACAGCCACCUGCCCAGGUGAGCCUGGACUGACCGCAGCGCAUGGGCUGUGGGAGGAGUGGUCGUCAUGGAGCCUGUGUUCUGUGACGUGUGGGCGGGGCUCCAGGACUCGGAGCAGGAAGUGUGUGAGCGGAGGCGGGGCCGAGGCCUGCGGGGCCCCUGAGAGCCAGAGCAAGCUGUGCAACAUAGCAGUGUGUCCUGUGGAGGGCCAGUGGCUGGACUGGGCCCCCUGGUCCCGGUGCAGUGUGAGCUGCUCCACAGGCUCCCAGCUGAGGCAGAGGCGCUGCAGCGUGUCGGUGCACGGCUGGGCCGAGUGCAAGGGGGCGCACCAGGAGAGCAGGGAGUGUACCAACCCAUCCUGUGGAGGAGGGGGGAACUGGGGCAGCUGGAACCACUGGAGUCUGUGCAGCAAGACGUGUGACUCGGGGUGGCAGCGUCGCUUCAGGAUGUGUUCUGCUAGUCGUCGUUGCUUGCUGGACUCUACUGGAGUUGCUUACUGGGGUCCGAGCUUCGCCAGAUGCGUCUCACUUGAAUUUAGAUAUUUACAUUUAUCUCUGAGAGAGCAUCUUGCGAAGGGUCAGAGGACCCUGGCGGGGGAGGGCAUGUCUCAGAUCGUCAGGAGUCUCCUGGAGCUGCUUCUGAGGCGGAGCUACUACAGCGGCGACCUCCUGUUCUCCACGGAGAUCCUGCGAAAUGUGACGGACACCUUCAAGAGAGCAACCUACAUCCCAGCUCCCGACGACAUGCAGAAAUUCUUCCAGGUAGUCAGUUGUAUGUUGGACAUGGACAAUCUGGAGAAGUGGGAAGAUGCACACCAGGUCUCCCCAGGCGCCGGCCUGCUGAUGAGGGUGCUGGAAGACUUCAUCCACCUCAUCGGAGAGGCGCAGAAACCCUUCCAGAGUUUCCUGGUGGUCACCAACAACCUGAUGAUCACCAUACAGCGGAGCGCGGUCUCAGCGGUCUCCAGUGACAUUAACUUCCCCAAGGGCCGGAGGGGGAUGAAGGACUGGGCUCGCAACGCUGAGGACAAACUCUACAUCCCUAAAGAGGUCUUCACUCUCUCCUCGCAAGAAACCGAAGCAGAAACGUCUUAUUUUGUCAUCGGAGCCAUUCUAUAUCGGACCUUAGGGGUCAUCCUGCCAGCACCAAAGGCUCCUGCGAUCAUCAACUCCAAGAUCCUGUCCGUGACCGUGCGACCUGAACCCAAACCCAGCGAGCCCAUGGUUGUGGUCGAGCUCUCCCUCCUGCUUAACGGAACAUCAGAUCCUCAGUGCGUUGUCUGGGACUAUGGCAACCCGGAAACUGGAGCGGAGAGCUGGGACACGAAGGGCUGCCAGACCGUUCCCUCCACGUCCGUCCACGCCAAAUGCCUCUGCAGCCGGAUCUCCACCUACGCCGUGCUAGCCCAGCAAGCUAAAGACCCGGACAUGGGUCCCUCCACCAUGCCCUCCGUGCCCCUCAUGGUGGGCUGUGGGGUCUCCUGUACCGCCCUGCUCAUCUUGCUGCUCAUCUACGCUGCCUUCUGGAGGUAUAUCCGCUCGGAGAGGUCGAUCAUCCUGGUGAAUUUCUGUCUCUCCAUCCUGGCCUCCAACAUGUUGAUUCUGGUGGGACAAUCCCAAACGCUGAGCAAGGGCCUGUGUACGGUGACUGCUGCCUUCCUCCACUUCUUCUUCCUGGCCUCGUUCUGCUGGGUGCUGACGGAGGCGUGGCAGUCCUACCUGGCUGUGAUUGGCAAGAUGAGGACACGCCUCAUACGCAAGCGCUUCCUGUGCCUGGGCUGGGGUCUCCCCGCUCUUGUCGUCGCAGUGUCUGUAGGUUUCACCAGAGCCAGAGGCUACGGCACUCCUAACUACUGCUGGCUGUCUUUGGAGGGCGGCUUACUCUACGCAUUCGUCGGACCCGCCGCUGUCAUCGUAUUGGUGAACAUGUUGAUUGGCAUCGUGGUUUUCAACAAGCUCAUGUCUCGAGAUGGAAUCUCAGACAAGUCUAAAAAGCAGCGAGCAGGGUAGGUGAAGCCUUCACACACGCACACACAGGCACACACAGGCAC